AACACAGUCACACACCUACAUUCACAUUCUCGCACACACGCACACACACAUACAUUGACACACACACAUAGCACACAUUGCUGCGGUGGUUAGUCCGACACCGCGCAAGCCGCAUGUGCUGGUGCGCUCGCAGGUGGAUUGUAGGACUGCUGGUGCCUGUAACCUUGAUGUUAUUGAUGGGGAGUACCACCAUGUAGAGGCGGCAGCCGUACCGCAGCAAUGGGAAGCCACGCAUGGAGCGGGUCUGGACUGCAGCCGUGGUGAGCCUGAGCCCCCCCGCAUCGACCAAACCUCGCAACCUUCUCAGGACCUGACCACAGGGGCCGUCCGACGCUCACCUGGAUGCUCCCCAGUCUGUGCUUCGUUGCCCCCCCCUCCAUCCUCCUUUCCCCUCUUCUUCUGCUCCGAUGCUGAAACAGAUGCUCCAAUAAUUGGAUUUUGUCCUCCUUUUUAAUACCUUCACAAGUGGCAUUCCCAUUUAUUACUUUUUUUUUUUGUCUACUUGAAUCCCACUUUGGAGACUGAUUCGAACCCUAUUAGCAAUAACUGACCGGCCGGCAUCAUGGGAGACAUGUCCAACAGCGAUUUCUACGCCAAGAACCAAAGAAAUGAGGGCGCCAACCAUGCCGCGGGCUUCGGCUGCUCGCUCAUGGAGCUGCGCUCGCUCAUGGAGCUUCGCGGCACCGAGGCAGUGGUCAAGCUCCAGGAGGACUACGGGGGUGUUGAGGGACUGUGCAAACGUCUGAAAACCUCACCCACGGAAGGACUCACGGGUGCUCAAGGUGACUUGGACAAGAGGAAAGAAGAAUUUGGGAAAAACCUGAUACCUCCAAAGAAGCCAAAAACUUUCCUGCAACUGGUAUGGGAGGCCCUGCAGGACGUCACCCUCAUCAUCCUGGAGGUCGCCGCCCUCAUCUCGCUGGGCCUCUCCUUCUACCACCCGCCUGGAGAGAGCAGCGGAGAGUCUUGCGGCUCGGUGCAGGGCGGCGUGGAGGAUGAGGGCGAGGCGGAGGCGGGUUGGAUCGAGGGCGCCGCCAUCCUCCUGUCGGUGGUGUGCGUUGUGCUGGUGACCGCCUUCAACGACUGGUCCAAGGAGAAACAGUUUCGCGGGCUGCAGAGCCGCAUCGAGCAGGAGCAGAAGUUCCAGGUGGUCCGCGGAAGCCAAGUCAUCCAGCUGCCCGUAUCGGACAUACUGGUGGGCGACAUCGCACAAAUCAAAUAUGGUGAUUUGCUCCCUGCCGACGGAGUGUUGAUCCAAGGCAACGACCUGAAGAUCGACGAGUCGUCGCUGACCGGAGAGUCUGAUCACGUGAAGAAGGCCGCAGACAAAGACCCCAUGUUGCUUUCUGGGACCCAUGUGAUGGAGGGCUCGGGGCGCAUGGUGGUGACCGCAGUGGGCGUCAACUCUCAGACUGGAAUAAUCUUCACCCUGCUCGGAGCUGGCGUGGAGGAAGAAGAGAAGAAAGAAAAGAAAGGAGGCGCAGUGGAAGACGGACCCCAGAACACAGACUGCUCGCAUCCCCCCAUCCACCCCAUCGCCACUAUUGCCACGGAUGGGGCGGCGGGCUUUAACGCCCCAGGCAGUGCCAACCUUAUUAAUGGUAAAAUGCAAGACGGCAAUAUGGAGAGCAACCAGAUGAAAGUGAAGAAGCAGGAUGGAGCGGCCGCCAUGGAGAUGCAACCUCUUAAGAGCGCCGAGGGUGGCGAAGAGGAGAAGGAGCGGAAGAAGGUGUCCAUUCCCAAGAAGGAGAAGUCUGUGCUGCAAGGGAAGCUUACCAAGCUCGCUGUCCAGAUUGGCAAAGCAGGGUUGCUCAUGUCGGCCAUCACAGUCAUCAUCCUCGUAUUGUACUUCGCCAUCGACGCCUUCGUCAUCCAGAAGCGUCCUUGGCUGCCCGAGUGCACGCCCAUCUACAUCCAGUACUUCGUCAAGUUCUUCAUCAUCGGCGUGACGGUGCUGGUGGUCGCCGUGCCUGAGGGUCUGCCGUUGGCCGUCACCAUCUCCCUGGCCUACUCCGUCAAGAAAAUGAUGAAGGACAACAACCUCGUGCGUCAUCUCGACGCGUGCGAGACGAUGGGCAACGCCACCGCCAUCUGCUCGGACAAGACUGGCACACUCACCACCAACCGCAUGACGGCCGUGCAAUGCUACAUCGGCGAUGUGCACUACAAGGAGAUUCCCGAGCCGGGUGUCCUGCCUCCCAAAUCGCUGGACCUGCUUGUCAAUUCCAUCUCCAUCAACAGCGCCUACACCACCAAGAUACUGCCCCCGGAUAAGGAAGGCGGUCUGCCGAAACAGGUUGGCAACAAGACCGAGUGCGGCCUUCUGGGAUUGGUGCUGGACCUGAAGCGAGAUUACCAGCCGAUCAGGAACCAGAUCCCCGAGGAGAAACUAUACAAAGUGUACACCUUCAACUCGGUGCGGAAGUCCAUGAGCACUGUCGUCAAACUGCCCGACGGGAGUUUCCGCAUGUACAGCAAGGGAGCGUCCGAGAUUGUCCUCAAAAAAUGCAACCACAUCCUCAGCGAGGUGGGCGAGCCGCGGGUUUUCCGUCCGCGGGACAAGGACGAGAUGGUGAAGAAGGUGAUCGAGCCCAUGGCCUGCGACGGCCUGAGGACCAUCUGUGUGGCGUACCGCGAUUUCCCCAGUGACCCCGAGCCUGACUGGGAUGACGAAAACAACAUCCUCAGCGACCUCACGGCUAUUUGCGUCGUCGGGAUCGAAGACCCCGUCAGGCCAGAGGUGCCGGAUGCCAUUCAGAAGUGCCAGCGCGCGGGCAUUACUGUGCGCAUGGUAACCGGGGACAACAUCAACACGGCAAGAGCCAUUGCCAUCAAGUGUGGCAUCAUCCAUCCUGGAGAGGACUUCCUCUGCAUCGACGGCAAAGAGUUCAACAGGAGGAUCCGCAAUGAAAAAGGGGAGGUGGAGCAGGAGCGUAUUGAUAAGGUUUGGCCUAAAUUGCGCGUCCUGGCCAGAUCCUCCCCGACUGACAAACACACACUAGUUAAAGGCAUUAUUGACAGCACCAUGGUGGAACAGAGGCAGGUGGUGGCGGUGACAGGCGACGGGACCAACGAUGGGCCCGCCCUGAAGAAGGCUGAUGUCGGCUUUGCCAUGGGCAUCGCCGGUACUGACGUGGCCAAGGAGGCGUCCGACAUCAUCCUGACCGACGACAACUUCAGCAGCAUCGUCAAGGCGGUGAUGUGGGGCCGCAACGUCUACGACAGCAUCUCCAAGUUCCUCCAGUUUCAACUGACGGUCAACGUGGUCGCCGUCAUCGUAGCGUUCACGGGCGCCUGCAUCACACAGGACUCCCCGCUGAAAGCCGUGCAGAUGCUUUGGGUCAACCUGAUCAUGGACACGUUCGCCUCGCUGGCCCUGGCCACCGAGCCGCCCACAGAGGCCCUGCUCAGGAGGAAGCCGUACGGACGCAACAAGCCGCUCAUCUCCAGCACCAUGACCAAGAACAUUCUGGGACACGGCGUCUAUCAGCUCAUCAUCAUCUUUCUCCUCCUCUUCAUCGGUGAGCAGAUUUUCGACAUUGACAGCGGCCGCAACGCCCCCCUCCACGCGCCCCCCUCGGAGCACUACACCAUCAUCUUCAACACCUUCGUCAUGAUGCAGCUCUUUAAUGAAAUCAACGCCCGCAAGAUACACGGCGAGCGCAACGUCUUCGAGGGCAUCUUUAGGAACCCCAUCUUCUGCUCUAUCGUUUUUGGCACCUUCGCUGUGCAGAUAAUAAUUGUGCAGUUUGGAGGGAAGCCGUUCAGCUGUCAGCCUCUGGACCUGGAGAAGUGGAUGUGGUGCGUUUUCCUCGGCUUGGGGGAGCUCGUGUGGGGGCAGGUGAUCGCCACAAUACCCAACAGCAAGCUGCGCUUCCUGCGGCGGGCCGGCCAGCUCAGCCAAAAGGACGAACUCCCCGAGGAGGAUGUAAACGAGGAGAACGAGGAGAUCGACCACGCGGAGAGAGAGCUGAGGAGAGGCCAGAUCCUCUGGUUCAGGGGACUCAACCGCAUUCAGACUCAGAUCGAAGUAGUCAACACCUUCAAGAGCGGCACCUCCUUUCAGGGGGCGGGAGCUCUGAGACGCCAAUCGUCCACCACCAGCCAGAACCAGGAUGUAACCAAUGUUUCUAGUCCUAGUCAUGUGUCCUUGUCCAAUGCCCUUUCCUCUCCUACAAGCGCUGCUGCUGCUGCUGCUGCUGCUCCGUCUACUGGCCAGUGCUAGGAGCGCGGGACUAAGGGUGAUACCCACGGCGUGACAUUUCAGAUACGCGUCGUGAACGCAUUCCGCAGCUCCCUCUACGAAGGCCUGGAGAAGCCAGACUCCCGCACCUCCAUCC